CCCUUUCCAGUCGAGCGAAGGAGAAAGUAAGGAGUAAGUCUCUUCAUCCUGGCUCCUCACCCUUCGAUCACCAGCGUAAAAGUAAGUGAUCUGCUUUGCUUGUCCAUGGAAGAAGGACGAGGUCAUCUCUAGGUUACAUUUUUUCCCCCUCUCCCUUGCUUUUUUCUUGAACCUUUUGUGUCGAUUCACGACGAAGCAUUUGAUCUCAGUUCUGAAUGAGAAGUUCCAGUUCUCGGUGGAGUGAUCAUGGUAACUUCAUUCAUUUUUAGGGUUUUGAUACUGGUUUUUGGCUAUGCUUAUCCAGCUUACGAGUGUUACAAGACCAUAGAAUUGAAUAAGCAAGAGAUUGGGCAGUUGCGUUUCUGGUCCCAAUAUUGGAUUCUAUUUGGAUUGUUGAGAGAAUUGGGAGUAUUUGCUGAUAUACUCUUCUCAUGGUUACCAUUCUAUUACGGAGCAAAGCUUGGCGCCUUCCUGUAUUUGUGGCAUUCCCGGACAAAAGGAGCAACAUUUGUCUAUGAGACAUUCCUGGCACCUUUUAUCGCAGAGCAUGAGUCUGAGAUUGAUCAGUCUUUGUCUGAGUUUAGAGCUAGGGCCGCAGAUUGGGGAUUGAUAGCUUGGCAGAUGGCUGUUAUCUACUUGCAGACAAGUGUUCCUGAGAUGAAGAAAUAUGCUAUUUCAUUGAUGCCAACAAUGAAUUCUAUAGAGGAACAGCAGCAAGCUCCUCCGUCAAGUUCCGCAAUGCCAUCUGUUCGUCGACCUGCACCAUCUCAGCAACCUCGAAAGGAAGCAAGGUUUGUGUCCAAUCCUAUCAAGAGGCAGCCACAAGAACAGUCAACAAAGGAACCAACUGGGGAUGUGGCAUCUGGCUCUGAACCCAUAGAAGACUCAGAUCGACAAGGUGAGGAGAUGCCCGUAGAGGUAGUAAAACGUGUAACAAGCAACAGUUUGAGAAAGCGAGCUGUCAUUGCUGCAACCAGCCCUGCAUAGUUGUGUCUUCCUUGCUAGAAGGAUUCAAGAUUGUUUUACUCAACAACACAUACCAGUUCAAAUAUUACCAUGCCAAAUUAUGGAUUUGUGAGAGGUAUAUAAUUGAGAUCAUUAUGUGCAACAGCUCACCCUGCUUAUAGUUGCUGAAGUGGUUUGUUUCUGUUAUCAAUCUAAAGGUUUUGGUGCUGGGUUGGAAGGUCAUUGUUUCUCUUUUUCCUAAC